ACUGGCUGUGCUGAUGUACUUCGAACACAACAACAUAUUCUUGGAGGCCCUGCAGUUGUGCUGUAAGCUUGUACGGAGGUAUGCUUUCUGGUGAUCACUCACAGCAUCACUUGGCUCGAUCGCAAUCACGAGUGCUUUGGAACGUAGCGCGCGAGUAGUCUUGGCAUAUCUACAUUGAAACCGACAAAGUAGCAACUGUGCUUCUCAAUCCCCGUGCCUUCAGACAAGACGACACACAGACAUAGAGGGCAAUGUAAGACCGAUUGAGAGCUCUGAUAUUCGCCACGUAACAUCACCGAAAACAAACCGUCUUGAGGAAUAAUGACAGGUAACACUGCACAGUCGUGGAGACGAUAAAUAGUCUGCACAUGUGAACCCAGUCAAAUCACUCACAAGACACUUGCAAGAUGUCCUCCAACUCCCCUGACUCACAACAGAACAAAGCAAUCUCGCAGCGCCAGUACAGAGGGAAGGAAGUGGAGGGAUUUGUGGAGCUUCAGCUGGUCAUCCGUGAAGUGACGGGGGGAAGAGACGUCCCAGUAAAGCGUCAUGAAACCUUGACGAAAGCGGCACAGAAGAUUAGAGAGCUUAAGCAUCAAAAUGAUGAAUUGCGCAGACAGCUCAGCAUCAUGAUACCAGAUCCGUCGCGUGGAGCGCUAGGUGGUCAGGUGCCCGGGGCAGGGCCAGGGGGAGCUACCGUUAACCCAUAUGCUCCUGGUUUCAGUGCUUGGGAGAUUGACUCCAGCACAGCCCAGUAUCCCGCUCAACCAUAUUUUGACAACGCUGAAGUGUCAGAAUUUAACUUGCCGCAUGGGUACCCCGAACAAGGCAGUGGCAUUUAAGUGAUUGAACAUCAGGCAACAGGAGCAAGAUGGAAUUGGCAACAUCUCACUAUUAAUUAUAUAUUGGUCUCUAGUAACUCGUCUUGUGCUUUUUGUAGAAUUAUCGGAUCAUUCCUCUUGAAUACUUAGCAAAAAAAGAGAAGGAUCGGCUUGAGCGAUAGAGCAAUUGCACAGUUUUAAGAAGGCUUGUCUUUAACUCCGGUGUAAGCACGCUGGCUUACCUGAGUUCCCAUACUAAGUAUAUAUACUGUCGCUGAUACUGAAAGCUAAGCUUUCAGUAUUCU